GAUUACCAGUAUCCCUAGUAAGGCCUCUGCACCUUGAGGGUCCCCCUCGAGUAGCGCAGAAAAUGGUCUCGCCAAGCAGAGCCCCAGCCACCAGCUGUCCUCAGAGCGAGCGCGCGCAUGCGCAGAGGGCAGCAUGGGGGCGGGUGCCGUAGAGCCUCUUUCCUGGGUCGGUGAAGAUCAUUAUUAACACGGUACAAUAAUGAACACAGUGUACGCAAUGAUGGCUCAGAUCUUAAGAACUCGUCUGAUAAAUUCUUCACUGAUUCUGGAUCGAGUGAAAAUGCUUUCCUGUUUCAGUGUCAUUAAAAGUAAAAUGAUGUCGACCCAUACGUCCAAAAAGAAGAUCAGAGAAUAUUAUAGGCUGCUGAAUCUAGAUGAAGGAUGCUCUGUGGAAGAUGUCCGGGAAUCUUUUCACAAGCUUGCCAAGCAAUACCAUCCAGAUAGCAGCUGUAGUGCCGCAGACCCUGCAAGAUUUAUAAGGAUCGAAGAAGCCUAUAGGAAUGUGCUUUCCCAUGUGAUAGAGCAAACAAAAGCCAGACAGAAUAAAGUAGAAGAAACAGAAGAAGAAGAAGAAGAAGAGAAAAAAUUCCAAUAUAAUACACCCCAACACCGCCAUUAUUUAAGUUUUGAAGGUAUUGGUUUUGGGACUCCAAGUCAGCGAGAGAAGCAGUAUAGACAAUUCAGAGCAGACCGUGCAACUGAGCAAGUGAUGGAAUAUCAAAAGCAGAAACUGCAAAGACAGCAUUUUGCUAACAGUGUAAUUGUUAAAGGUGUAGGACAGAGCAGGGGACAAAAGAUAACUCAAGCAAUAGAGCGUUUAGUGGAGGACCUUAUUCAGGAAUCAAUGGCAAAAGGAGACUUUGACAAUCUUAGUGGGAAGGGAAAACCUCUAAAGAAGUUUUCUGGCUGCUCUUACAUUGAUCCCAUGACCCACAACCUGAACAGAAUAUUGAUAGAUAAUGGAUACCAGCCAGAAUGGAUCCUAAUGCAAAAGGAAAUAAGCGAUACUAUUGAGCAACUCCGACAGACAAUUUUAGAGUCUAGGAAAAAACUUGGGAAUCCAAUGACACCAGCAGAUCAGAGACAGUGGAAAGAAGUUUGUGAACAGUUUGAAGAAAACAUAAGAAAACUAAACAAGCGAAUUAAUGAUUUUAAUUUAAUUGUUCCCAUCCUAACAAGGCAAAAAGUCCAUUUUGAUGCACAGAAAGAAAUUAUCAGAGCCCAGAAAAUAUAUGAGACUCUUACCAAAACAAAAGAAGUGGCAGAUAAAAACCUAAAUGACAUUAAUCAGGGAGAAAAGAAAACUCCUGGGGUCAAGAUGGGUUUUUUAAACUGGAUAAAUCUGUGGAAAUUUAUUAAAAUAUGACCACUGGAAUGUUUGCUAUCAAA